GCUGCUCUGCUAUCACUGCUGUUAACUAACAUGACACUCUGUCCAAUGUUAACGCGUCAGCUUUUUAAACAAACCAAUUGCAACCGAUUAAAUAUUAAUUGCGGAAGAUUCUCGGGCCCACAAGUUAAUGCGGAAUCCAUAGGGGAAGCAUCAUGGAGAGCCUGUACCACCAAACCAACAGUGUGGUAAAGGACAUCGAGCGCGAUUUCCAGCGGCUGAGUCAGCUCAGUGCCCAGGAAUCGCUUGACGUGGAAAACGGGAUUCAAUUGAAGAUUACCCAGGCGAAUGCAAACUGCGAUCGCUUGGAUGUGCUGCUGUAUAAGGUGCCACCUUCGCAGCGGCAAAGCUCCAAACUUCGCGUGGAUCAGCUGAAAUAUGACCUGAGACACCUGCAGACAUCACUGCAGACGGCGCGGGAGCGAAGACAGCGACGGAUGCAGGAGAUCUCGGAGAGGGAACAGCUGCUGAACCACAGAUUCACAGCAAACAGCGCGCAGCCGGAGGAAACGCGCCUGCAAUUGGACUACGAACUGCAGCAUCAUACGCAGCUGGGAAACGCCCAUCGGGGUGUGGACGACAUGAUUGCCUCGGGCAGUGGUAUUCUCGAGAGCCUGAUCUCCCAGAGAAUGACGCUGGGCGGAGCGCACAAGAGAAUCCAGGCGAUAGGCAGCACACUGGGUCUGUCCAAUCACACGAUGAAACUUAUAGAACGCCGGCUGGUCGAGGAUCGUCGGAUAUUCAUCGGAGGUGUGGUAGUCACCUUGCUUAUCAUCGCCCUGAUCAUCUAUUUCCUAGUGCUCUAAUCUGAAGACAGCCUGUUUAGUUGAGUUUAAAUUAAAUGUACUCUAUUUUGUAAAAUGUUAAA